CGUGUUUCAAUCUGACAUUCUGAUUUCUGACCGAACUUCUUAUAUUCCAGGUAUAAAUGGUCUCCCCUUUCUAACUGUUCCCCCGCCCCUUCAGUCCUCCAGCCAUGCGUUGGACAGUCGCUCUUUCCUUCCUCUCGUUCUUUUUCACCGUGAAAGUGCAAGCUUCGUCUGUGCAGAAAGAUGGAUUGACACUUCCCGACUCCGCCAUAGAUUAUAGAGAUGCCGUCAAGGAUAUUUUUCAAAUAAGCUAUGCCGCUUACAAAACCUACGCUUGGGGUCAUGAUGAUCUUACUCCUGAGAGCAAGUCGUAUUACGACGGUCGGAACGGGUGGGGUGCUUCCAUCGUUGAUGCAAUGAGCACUAUGUAUGUGAUGGGCCUGGAUGACCUUCUAGACGAAGCUGUUGGUUACGUCGGUACUAUUGACUUCAACUCGUCGAAGACUUCCGAUCAUGUUAGUGUCUUCGAGACGACAAUCAGGUACCUUGGGGGUCUUCUCAGUGUGUACGAACUUCGUGGGUCCAAGGAUGAUGUGCUUCUUGAGAAGGCUACGGAAGUGGCUGACAAGAUGGCCCAUGCAUGGGUUGGGGAUAACGAUAUACCCUUCGGUUUCAUUGAUUUUUCAUCAAACCAGCCUGAUAUUGCGACAUCCAAUAUCGCCGAAGCUGGGACACUUAUCAUAGAGUGGGCCGCACUUAGCAAAUAUACUGGUAAUGACACCUACCGUGAGCUCGCCGACAAGGCUAUGCGUCAUAUUGCCAACCUGGGUGCUCCCCUGCCUGGCCUGGCUGCGCAAGGAAUAGAUCCGUCUUCAGGCGAAUUCGUAGGGGGCUACGUUACAUGGGGCGGUGGUUCCGAUAGCUAUUUUGAAUACCUCCUCAAGUACCCCCGACUGGCGAACCUCAAUGAUACUCUCUACAUCGACACUUGGGUGACGGCUAUAGAUUCUUCCAUAAGGUAUCUGCUUAGACGCUCAACGGUCGGAGAGCAUCUCUACACCUGCGACUAUGAUGCAGCAUCGUCAGAGUAUGAAAACGUCGGCUCACACUUGGCUUGCUUCCAUGCAGGCAAUUGGUUAUACGGUGGAACCUUACUCGGGAAUGACACCAUUGUGGGCACUGCCCUAGAACUGUUAGAAGGAUGUUGGAAUACAUAUGCAAGUACAGCUACCGGGAUCGGGCCGGAAGCCUUCGCUUAUAUUACUCCUGGUGGGAACAUCAGUUCUCUUUCAUCCGAUCAACAAUCGUUUUACGACGAACACGGAUUCUACAUCACUUCCUCGUACUAUAUACUCCGGCCCGAAGUUCUAGAGUCUAACUUUUACGCCUGGAGAAUUACAGGCGACACAAAGUACCUAGAUCGAGCAGCCAGUGCGGUCGAUAGCUUCAAAAAGUAUCUAUCAGCGGCCGUUGCAUAUGAUGGGAUAUAUGAUGUAGACAGCACGUCUUCCAGGAAGGUCGAUGAUAUGGAGAGCUUCUGGUUCGCUGAAGUCUUGAAGUAUCUAUAUCUGACAUUCGAUGAUCCGGCAAAUAUCAAUAUUAAUGACUAUGUCUUUAAUACGGAAGCACACCCCUUCAAGGCACCGGCUGCUCAACCGACAUAUGAUUCCGGGUCUUUGACUACCAGUAUUACUUCGGUGUUCAAGACUGUUAGUGGGGUUCUACCGGUUGUCAGUCCCAAUGUGCGUGUAUCAGGGGAUGAAGUCUGAUUACGACGGUUGUCACUUGGACAAAUUAACAAACAAAAUCUUUCUUUUCCAUUGUUCACUCCUUUGUACUUACUCCCAAUAUACACAUAGCUUUGAAGGUGUCAUUGCCAGAGGGUUGAGCUGUAGCCUAAUUCGCAAAACAUCCUGUGUUCACUGCGGUAGCCAAUCUCCAGUUUGG